UUUUCCACACAGGAAUCUGCGUUGUACUGGUAGUGUGCACAAUGUAACUAACGUCUAAUUGAUUCAAUAUCGAGAAAUGUCCUUUGCCACUUUUGAUGACGAUGACGAGGAUGGGAUCGAUCGAAUAGUCUUGUCGCUAGAACAAGUUUCUCACGAACCGGAGGAAUUCGUAGCAUCGAGCGAUGCUCUGUUGACUGGUUGGACUGUAGACCGCUGUGUAGCUCCAAAUGAAAACAAACCUUCGUCUCACCGAUCCUCUCUGGCCAUAAAAGACUCUAAAGAUCUGAGAUCGAGUACUCCUCGAAAGAUAUUUUCUCGCCAGAGAAAUCGUAAUGACGUGAUCGAGUUUAAACAUUACCUACACCCUGAGAAAUACAUCGAAGAGUACAGGAAUGAAAAGACUAAGCGACAAGAAGCUGCUCUGAGAGAAUUAGCAAACAAGACCGAUAGACACAGAGCGUCUGAUAGCAGUGUAGAGUUGAGAAAAACUUGUACAAAUUGCGAUUAUUUAGAGAAUGGAACGUCCAAACACGUCCCUAGUGUUGUAAGUAUGAAGGAAGUACAAACAGUUGAAGAUGACAAUACUGUUAAGCCGUUCAUUGUUGUCAAAUCAAAAGGAUUAACUCGACCUGCUAAUUUGCCAAUGUCGGGACAAUUCCACGGCAGAAAACUUCAGUGGAGGCCAUCUGUUACGAACAGAAAGAUAACUCACUCAAAGCCAUCACCUUGGAGUCAAGCACACAUUGAUGUGACUCUUGAGAUUACAUCACAGGGUGGUGGUGACGUCAGUCAGUUGGUCCACACCAGCAAACAGAACGAGGAUUACAAUUUAUUCCAAGAGAGAAGAUCAUCGGCGAACCUAGUGAUCAAGAGAGCAGACUUAGGAGGUUCACCAACUGCAACACUGCGAACAAACAACAAAAGUCCGUCCCCAGCUUCUCGAGCCAUCACUUCUCAAGCUAUCAUAACUCAGUGCUCUCCGAUUGAAAAAUGCGAUGCAUGGGUGAAAAACCGAGAUAAUGAAUUGGGAAAUUUCUCCAGCAAAGCGAAGGAACAGCUCAGCGCAAAACCGCCGACUGUUCGAAGAAUUCUCGCGUCAUCUGGACACUCUACACCGCUUUCUUUACGCGGCAACUCAGUGAGCUCUCCUCAGAAAGAUUCGUCUGGUCCACGAUCGACGGAAAGCUCAGCGAGUUCAACUGGAAUGGAUUAUUCUAAAUACACUGACAUGUUUAAGAAUGUGUUAGAAUUUUACGGAACGAGACGUUUGAGGCCAAAAUCACAUUCAGCAGUGGAACAGUUAUUAUCCAUGAAGACAUGACAGUCGCAUAUUUGUACAAAGAGGACUGUAGGCCUGUCUGUAGAGUAUGUCUGUAGAGUUCUUUUUAAGCGUUGAUUCAGUUUGAAUGCCAGAAUCCGGCGCUGCAUUGCACGUUCAAGAUCUCUUCAAGUUCUGCUUUACUCUGCAGACUAGGCUUAAGGAAAAUAAAUUACCUUAAGUCCGCGAUAAAUUUCAGUAAGGAACUCCACCUCGUUAAAUCACCACUCUAUAGUUAAGGAACAUCAGUAUACACGUAUUGCAGUAAAUGUACACUCAUGUUCGGCGAACCUCGGAUCACGACAAGUUAGUUUGACUCUUGUUGCUGAUUAUUUGUUUUUUAAUCAUGAAUCUACGAUCGCAAAUUCUGAAUCGGAUUGGCUUCGCUAGUCACUAUUGAGAGGAUAUCAGUUGAUUUUCUACUGUCACUAUCCAUUCCAUGGUAAACAACGAGUUAAGUAAGUAACUUAACAAUGAGCUUUUGAAAACAAAAGAAAACUCUUAGGCAUGAACCUAUCCAUUAACUUUUGAACGACUUCUAGAUUUCGACUUUUAUGCUUUUUAGUUGAUUUAGGUUUCUCUCUCAUCAACUAUUACCAGAUAGAAAUCUUUAGCUCAUUAUCUAUUGUUUAAGAAAAGCGCACAUGUCUCAGAGUGUCACCAAGAACACCAAAAUCAAAGAAAACCCAAACGACCAAUCAGAACAGAGGGGAACGUCAUAAAGAGCCAAUGAGAACUCAAAGUAUAAAAACUUCAAUGUUAAAUACGCAGGCUUAAGCACGAUGAGUUGGGAAUCGCUUGUUGAGUUAAAAUUGUGUCAAUAUGUACAGCGAGUAUGUAUAAAUAUGUAUCAAAAUUUGUACAUACAAAAAGGAACUAGAACAGUAUAAUAGGAAUAUAAAUAUCAUGUCAAAAGUGCAUGAUGGUUGAUCAUAAAUAUAUUAUUUAAUAUGA